AUGAGGUUCACUCUUUGCUUCUUGAUUGCGAGCGUUCUGCUGAUCGGCUCUUCGAGCUCGAAUUCAGUUCCAGAAUGUGGUUGUACGGAAUCAACAUCUACUCGUCCGCCACCAACAACUACAAGACCACCGACAACCUCUUGCGCCCCUACAACAACAAAGCGGACAACCACUGCAACAACCAGAAAACCCCCAACUACCACUUGUGCACCUACAACAACGAAACGGACAACAACGAAGCGGACAACAACGAAGCGGACAACAACGAAGCGGACUACAACAACUAGGCAACCCACAACCAGAACGACAACUAGAAAACCCCCGACUACCACUUGUGCCCCUACAACAACCAAGCGGACAACAACUACAACGACAACCAGAAAACCUCCGACUACCACUUGCGCCCCUUCAACAACGAAGCCCACAACCACUACAACAACUACAACGACAACUACCACAACAACAACCACCACCACGACAACUCAGAGGCCCACAACCACCACGACAACAACCACCAAGAGACCGACAACGACAACCAGGGCCACAACCAGGAAGACCACCUCUAGGAAGACCACCACCAGGAAGCCAGGAAAUGGAUGCCAUCCAGGAGGUGGACCCAAACCAGGAAGGGGAUGCAAGUCAUGUGGUCCUGGCGGAGAGCGCUGCGAAGGAUGCCCAGACCAGGAGGAUCUCUGCAAGGAGUUGACCAGCCAGCUGAAGAAACUGGAGAACAGAAUCCGGCAGUGCGUCUGCGGAGAACCUGAGUGGCUGCUUGAUUAA